AUGACGGAUGCGAUUCGAGACAUAACAGAGGAUAAGCAGUUUGUGAGGCUUAGGAAGUUGAAUUCAGAAGACAACGGGCCCAGAAGGCCGUUGAAAGAGGACGAUAUCGAGGACCAGGGCGUGGAAGCCAUCGACAAUGUACAGAACGUCGUUUUGAAAUCAAGCAAAGAUGACGGGGACCUUGAUCUCGGGUCAAGCGAAACGGACGAUGGGGAAACCGUUCUCGUCAAGACAACUACUCUGGAACAAGGCGAUAAGCAUCUGCACGUGUUCAUACAGAAGCUCAAGGGCAAGGAACGUGGCCGGUUCAAGAAGGACACAAACGAAAUGCAGUCCAUGACGCGAGACGUCGACUGGGGCUCCAGAGGCAGUAUCAUGGACAUGAUGGUGACCACGCCGUUGCGCAAUCAUUUCCAGGGCCCGGCCAUUGAACAAAAAUACUCAAAACUUAAGUCCACCUUGAAGACCAACCAGAUCAAAAUCGACGAGGACCGCAUCGUAGAAAUCGCAAACGAAACUAUCACCACUGAUUUUUCCGGGUUCUACGUCUUGUUCUGGAUGGCGGUAGCGUUCACCGUCGUCAAAGUCACCUUGCAAUACUACGAAGAUCACGACGGUGACUUUAGUCAGUCCAUCAUCCUACAGUACAUGACCACAAACCUAUGGAAAGUUGCCCUCUACGAUUUGGCAAUGUACGCUUCUACCUACGUGGCGUUCAUCAUCCAGUACCUCUGCAGGAAAAAUGUGCUCCCAUGGAAACCAACAGGAAGGUACUUGGUGAUGAUAUUCGAGUGUUUGUUCCUCGCAGUUAAUAUCUACCUACCCAAGAAAACUUUCAACUACAACUGGAUCGCCCAGAUCUUCUUGUUCUUGCACUCGCUCGUGUACUUGAUGAAGAUCCAUUCGUACUCUUUCUACAACGGUUACCUAUGGGAUAUCACUACGGAACUCAAGUACGCUACCAAGACCAUCGCAAAAUUGAAAGAGCUACAAUCCCCAGACUCAAACACAGAAGUGUUGCGGAAAUCAAUCGAUUUCUGCGAGUUCGAACUCAAUUCUCAGUCAACAACUACAAAAUUCCCAUCGAACCUCACCAUCAAGAACUACUUCCAUUUCCACAGCUUCCCAACGUUGGUCUACCAAAUUGAGUAUCCAAGAACAAAGAAGAUUAGAUGGGGGUACGUGUUCGAAAAAUGCUGCGCAAUCUUUGGUAUUAUCUUCAUCAUGAUGGUCGUCGCUCAACAAUUUAUGCUACCCGUUAUCGUAGAAGCAAAAGACGUCGGAAUGUCAUCUUACACCGUUAAGGAAAAAAUGGCAAUCAUGCCAAAACUCUUGUUGGACUUGGCUCCAGCAUUUAUCGCCAUGUUUUUACUCGUUUGGUAUCUCAUUUGGGAUGCAAUCUUGAACUGUGUUGCAGAAUUGACCUGCUUCGCUGACCGUCACUUCUAUUCGGAUUGGUGGAACUGUUGCUCUUGGUAUGAUUUCAGCAGAUUGUGGAACCGUCCAGUACACAGCUUUUUGCUAAGACACGUUUACCACAGCUCUCUCAGCGCCUAUAACAUCUCAAAAAUUCAAGCCGUUUUGCUCACGUUUGCAUUGAGUGCGAUUUUCCACGAAAUGGCAAUGUACGUCCUCUUCAAUAAAGUUCGCGGGUACAUCAUUGUUCUUCAAAUGGCUCAAAUCCCAUUCACUGCCAUAGCAAACCACCCGCUGUUGAGGGACAAGAAGUUGUUUAAUAAUGUGGUAUUUUGGGUCGGAAUUUGCUUAGGCCCAAGUAUCACUGGAUUACUUUACUUGAUAUUUUAA